AUGGUCCAUAACCUUGCAUUCAGAGAGGAUCAUCCAACGAUUUCGGAUUCAAGUACUGAUCAGGAUCACAGUAAACUUGAACGUUGGGAGACCUCUAACCGCAUGUGUCUUAUGUUGAUCAAGCAUUCUAUUCCAUCAGUCUUCAGGGGCAUUGUGUCCGAUGAGGUGGUAUUGGCUAAAGAUUAUCUUGUUGCUUUGGAGAAGAGCUUUGCCAAGAAUAACAAAGAUGAAACGAUUACGCUUCUAGCGGAUCUGGUCUCCAUGAGGUAUCAAGGCACGGACAGUAUCCGAGAGUACAUCUUGAAAAUGUCUAACACAACCUCCAAUACAAAGGCACUUGGACUCUCUUUAGCAGAUGAUGUCAUCGUGUGUUUAGUCUUGAUAUCGCUCCCGGGACAGUUUGCCCAUUUCAAAGUGAGUUAUAAUUGUCAAAAGGAAAAGUGGAGUCUGAACGAGCUUAUUGCUCAGUGCGUUCAGGAAGAAGAGAGGUUGUCUAAAGAAAAGGCAGAGAGUGCUCAUGUGGCAACCACUUCAAAGGGAAAAUCACCUAAGUCUAGGAUGAAGAAGAGGGCUGCUGAUUCAGGACAUGGGCCAAGUCAAAAGAAGUAG